AUGGCGACCAGUUGCAAUUCCUUGAAGUGGCCGGCACCAACAAGAAACAUCAAAUCCCGACAUGCCCAGAUGAUAGCUAUUGGUGGUACCAUUGGCACUGGUCUGUUUGUUGGAUCUGGUCAAGCUCUUGCAAGAGGCGGUCCAGCGUUCCUGCUGGUAGCCUACUGCUUAAUCUCUGCUUUGGUCUAUGGCGUGGUCACUGCAGUGGCCGAGAUCGCAACCUUCAUGCCCGUGUCUGGCUGCUCCAUGGCUUAUUUUGCCACCCGCUACGUCUCGCCCUCGCUGGGAUUCGCCUUGGGCUGGCUCUACUUCUACUCAUUUGGCAUUAUCGUCGCCUACGAGAUCACCGCCGCAAACAUUGUCAUCGACUUUUGGCCUAACAACGUGCAUAUCGCCGUCUUCAUCACCGUUAUGCUCGUGGUCAUUGUCGGCCUCAACUUCUGCCCUGUUGGUAUCUGCGCUGAAACGGAGUUCUGGUUUGCAGGCAUCAAGGUCGUCAUGAUUAUCGGUCUCCUGCUACUUUCAUUUAUCCUCAUGCUCGGUGGAGGUCCCAGCCAUGAUCGACUUGGCUUCCGCUACUGGAAUAACCCGGGUGCGGUUAAAGAAUACAUUGUUGGAGGUGCUGGGGGCCGUUUCACCGCCUUUCUGUGGACAAUGGUCUACUCUUGA